CAUCAGAGGAGCGUUUAGACUUAGUCCAGGACGAUGUGACCUGGCUCUGAAGGUGGACCGUUCUCGUUGAAAACCAAAAGCCUCUCAGUAUGAGCAACUGGACGAACGUGUCCGCGUGUCCGGUCAGCAUCAGCUCGUGCGUCGCGGAGAGAGCGGACACCGAAGCGGACUACCCCGUCCACCUCUUCCCCGUGCCCGUGCUGACGGGCAUAACGGCCACGUGCUCGCUCCUGUUCCUCGUCGGAAUCGCCGGCAACCUGCUGACCAUCCUGGUGGUCACCAAGUACAAGGACAUGCGGACCACCACCAACCUGUACCUGUGCAGCAUGGCUCUGUCCGACCUGCUCAUCUUCCUGUGCAUGCCGCUGGACCUGUACCGCGUGUGGCGCUACCGGCCGUGGAACCUGGGCGACGAGCUGUGCAAGCUGUUCCAGUUCGUGAGCGAGAGCUGCACCUACUCGGCCAUCCUGAGCAUCACGGCGCUCAGCGUGGAGAGGUACUUCGCCAUCUGCUUCCCGCUGCGGGCCAAAGUGCUGGUGACCCGAGGCAGGGUCAAGGGCGUCAUCGUGCUGCUGUGGACCGUGGCGCUCUGCAGCGCCGGACCCAUCUUCGCGCUCGUGGGCGUCGAGCACGAGAACGGCACGGAGCCGUGGGAGACUAACGAGUGCAGGGCCACCGAGCGAGCCAUCCAGUCCGGCCUGCUGACCCUCAUGGUGUGGGUCUCGAGCGUCUUCUUCUUUCUGCCCGUGCUGUGUCUGACCGUCCUGUACAGCCUCAUAGGCAGGACGCUGUGGAAGAGGAAGGAGAACCCGGUGGGGCCCGUGUCCAGCCGGGACAAGACGAAUAAACAAACUGUUAAAAUGCUAGCUGUGGUGGUGCUGGCGUUCGUGCUCUGCUGGCUGCCGUUCCACGUGGGCCGCUAUCUGUUCUCCAAGUCAUCUGAAGUGAACUCGCCUCUCAUCACCCAAAUCAGCGAGUACUGCAACCUGAUCUCCUUCGUUCUCUUCUAUUUCAGCGCCGCAAUAAACCCAAUCCUUUACAACAUAAUGUCAAAGAAGUACAGGGUGGCGGCCUGCAGGCUGUUCAGAGGGAGACACGCUCCUGAGCGCUCAACCUCGACCGCUGUUAACGUCGAAUCCAGCGGCAGCACAUGACCGAGGAGAGAGUGGGCAUCAUACAGAGGAUGCUGACGUCCUUAACUAUCCUGGCCCACUGCUCAUUUUUAAACGGGCUUCAAGGGAUGGGACGUCACACAGUGAAGGUGGUCCUGCCCCACCCUGCCUGGAACAAUUGCUGAGGACAAAGUGGACCAAUUUAAACACUGGACGCAAAAAUAAAUGACCUGUUGGCACAGAGAGGGACCACUACUUUCUUCUAAUCGUUUAAAGGAAUAGUUCUGUGAUACAGUGCUGCCCCCUUACCCCAUAUGUACUCCAUCAUCCCCGUUUGGUAAAGUUUGACUCGUUUGGUAAAGUUUGACUCGUUUGGUAAAGUUUGACUCGUUUGGUAAAGUUUGCUUCUUUAGUUUUAUGAAGUUAACAUGACUAGGCCAGGGGUUGGCAACCCAAAUGUUAAGAAGAGUCAUUUUGGCCUUUCAACAAAAGUCAAAACACUUUGGGAGCCUCAACAUUUUGUGUCCAUUUUACUGAAGCAAGGUUUCAUCAUCUUGGCUGUAAAUGUGUCUCAGUAUGUGCUGAUGCUCUAGUACCGGCUAAAAAUACUAUAUAAAUGGAAACGCCGACUUUCUUUGCUCUGCUUUAAGCUUUAGCUCAGCUAUAGCUGCUUUUCUCACAUCUCCAGCAGGAAACCUUUCCUCAAAAGUAGAACAGUUUCCUGUAAAAUGUCUCUCAACGUUCGACUUUUUACGAAGCUGAAGUCGCUUCUCAUUUCCCAGCUUCUUGUUCGAAUUCUUUCGUUCCACUUUAAAAGGUGCCUGAGGU